CGGGAUACGAAGAUGAUGAUUAUCAGGGAGGUACUGUUACCAAUGGGAAAGACCCGCCCAGGGAAGGAAUUCCAAAUCAUUCUAGAGGCAGUGUAGAUAUCUGAAUGCAGCGCUCGGUAAUCCUCGACUGCCGUCUCCACCAGAUGAAAUAGCUUCAAUCAACCCCACUCGCCUCAUCAACCAGCAGUAAAACGGUUUCCGACAGCCCCCGACUUGACGCACCUGAGAUCAAAUUCUCAUCUCACACAUGAGCUACUCCGUCCGCGCCUCGCAGAGACUGAGACUGCUCUUGCCAUCUUUGCAGAAGAAGCCAACGUUUGAUCUUCGUUUAGUGCCUACACGACUGUUUGCGACUAUGGCGUCGACGACGGAUACCAAGAACUACAAGUUCAACCACUCCAUUAUCAUGGUUGACAAUGUAUACAAAGUCCGCGUCAAGGAUCCCAAGGAGUCAGUCAAGUUCUACUCGUUCCUGGGCAUGUCGGUCAUCAAAAAGCUGGAGUUCCCAGAGGCCAAGUUCGAUCUCUACUUUCUCGGCUACGACUCGCCCAAGGCCGUGUCGGGCGGCAAUAACGUGUGGGACCGCGAGGGCCUCAUUGAGCUGACGCACAACUACGGCACCGAGAACGACCCAAAUUACAAGAUCAACAAUGGCAACGUCGAGCCCUACCGCGGAUUUGGGCACACGUGUAUCAGCGUCGACAACAUCCAGGCCGCCUGCCGGCGCCUAGAGGAAGCUGGCUACAAGUUUCAGAAGAAAUUGACAGACGGCCGCAUGCGCCAUAUUGCCUUUGCCCUGGACCCGGACGGGUACUGGGUCGAGAUCAUCGGGCAGAAGCCGGUCGAGGAGACGGAGAGCAUCAAGGAGACGGAUGUGCAGACGUAUCGGAUGAACCACACCAUGAUCCGCGUCAAGGACGCGGAGAAGUCGCUCAAGUUCUACCAGGAGGUUCUGGGCAUGUCGCUGUUCCGGAAGCACGAGAACGAGGCGGCCGGCUUCAACCUCUACUUCCUGGGCUAUCCCGGAGAGAAAGGAGUCCCGGCCGAGGGCCAGGGCACCGCUGACCGCGAGGGUCUGCUCGAAUUGACGUGGAACUACGGCACCGAGAAGGACGAAAACUUUAGCUAUCACGAUGGAAACAAGGGCCCCCAGGGCUUUGGACAUAUCUGCAUCUCGGUCGACAACCUUGAGGCGGCCUGCGCCCGUCUUGAGUCGCUCAACGUCAACUGGAAGAAAAGGCUGACGGAUGGGCGGAUGAAGAAUGUUGCGUUUGUUUUGGACCCUGACGGAUACUGGGUCGAGAUCGUACAAAACGAGCGGUUCACAGGCCAGGCCAACUUUUAGUCGCCCGGAUUUCCCGUGUCCGGUGUACUGUACGUGUACGCACUUCUUUCGGGGAUACUAUGAGUACGUGGCGUCCAAUGUCAACAUCCUUAAUGCGGAUCGCCAGUCAGGAGUCUCUACCAUAAGCAUCGGGACAGCAGGAGACGAGUGCGUGAUGUGGACGAUGCGAGGCUUACCGUGUAAGCUCCUCUGGUGGCCAACCAAGCAAUGCAUCCAAUGCAUCGGCUGGCAAGCUGGAGCAUCCGAUUGAAGCAGCAUCAAUUGCUCGCAUUAGUCAAACGUGGGGGAAUGAGGGGUUGGAGUCGGGAGGCGCAUGCUUCAUGCAGGACAAAGGCUCAAUAAAGCAAACGUAUGGGUUCUUAUUGGGACGUGAUCGCUCCUUGGUCAGUCACCCGUGAGAAGCUAUGACAAGUCUUGGUGUAUAAUCGAGUUGUAUGCCGAUGGCCGGAAAGGGACGAGAAUGGAUGGCAAUAGGUCACGA